GCAUCACGAAAAAAGACGCUCUCCUACUAAACGUCAUCCCUCUCCCCAAUUGCAUCUCGCAACCAGACCCUCGCCGCCGCAAAUCCUCUCCCCUCUCCUCCGAUUCACGAGAUGGCGCCACUCGCACACGCUUCCCGCACUUGCCUGCGGCAACUGGCGCGCACCAGCCCGUCGACGGCUGCGCGCGCGCUCAGCACCUCGGCCGCCCGGAACGACUCGACCGCCACGAGCUACUCGAGCCCCUUCAAGGGCGCCCAGAAGGGCAGCAGCAUCCCCGACUUCUCCAAGUACAUGAGCAAGGGUUCUGCCGGCACCAACCAGCUUUUCGGAUACUUCAUGGUCGGCACCAUGGGCGCCAUCACCGCCGCCGGCGCGAAGUCCACCGUCCAGGAAUUCCUGGUCAACAUGUCCGCUUCCGCCGACGUUUUGGCCAUGGCCAAGGUUGAGGUCGACCUCAGCACCAUCCCCGAGGGAAAGAACGUCAUCAUCAAGUGGAGAGGCAAGCCCGUCUUCAUCCGCCACCGCACCCAGUCCGAGAUCGACGAGGCCAACAAGGUCUCCGUUUCCUCCCUCCGUGACCCCCAGAAGGACGACGACCGUGUCAAGACCCCCGAGUGGCUCAUCAUGUUGGGUGUCUGCACACACUUGGGAUGUGUCCCCAUUGGCGAGGCCGGCGACUACGGCGGUUGGUUCUGCCCCUGCCACGGCUCCCACUACGAUAUCUCCGGCCGUAUCAGAAAGGGACCCGCUCCCCUCAACCUCGAGAUCCCCGAGUACGAAUUCCCCGAGGACGGCAAGCUGGUCAUUGGUUAAGCGGGACCACUGUAUGAGUAUUUGAGACGAACGGCAGCGGGAGAGUACGAACGGAGGCCAGCACAUCUCUCUCUCCUUUGAGGGAAGGGGGAGGUGUAUGGCCGAAAUGAUGGCAACAACAAACUACUAGAACAACAUUUUCUUUUGCAUCGGAGACCGAGCUGGUGCUGGUUUGGCUUCCCACAAGACGAGAGAGAGGUGUCCAUUUUCUUUUUUCUUAGACGUGUCCCUAGGGCAAUAAUGCCAAAUGUACAAAAGUCAAUGAGCGUCCAGGAACAAGCAGUCUCGCAACUUUA